AUGCUGAAGCCUGAGUGUGAUGGGAAAUGUAGUCAGAGCUGUGAGAGAGCUCCCCCUCCCUGCGCUCUUCCUCCAGCAGCAUCUCCUCCCAUCACAGGCCUUUGUGCUCCUCCUCAGCGGCUGUACCAGUCACUGAGCCCCGGCUCUCUCUCAGCAGCAUUGGGGGUGGGGAUGCAGAGGCAGGUUCCUACAUCAGUAACAGCAUCACAGCCUCACAGCCUCGUCACAGGAGCAUCAGCAGAUCACCAGCAGCCUAGCAUCACAGCAUCAGCUGCAGACCACCAGAGCUAA